AUGUUUCUCACUACCUGGUUUUUGUUGGCGAGUAUCGGCGCAUCGCAGAUGGCGAAUUUAUUAUUGCCAGGUUUUCAAGGGCGUUCACUUGAAGCUAGUAUCAAAGAGAUGAAUCUAAAUAUUACAACUUAUAUCGUGGUCUGCCCCAAGUCUAUUAAAGCAUCGGAGUGUGGGAUACCCGGGGAUGGCAUGACUGUCAUCGCUGCGCCGACAUUCGCAGAGUUGAGGAAUUCAAAUAACGUCAACAAGUGA